UAUAGUACGACUCUUUUUCCUUCUUCGCUUCAGAGUCUUCCUCUUCGUCAUCCUCCCCCGCCCCUUUCUUUCAAUACCCCCCUCCUACUUGACUGACGGGCAUUUCCGACUUGUUUUUUUCCCGAGACUUGCCAACGCACUACUCACCGUGGAUAUCCCCUUCGAUGAUGGCGCUGGCUGAUUGAUGCUAACUAGUAGCUUUGAUUGUGCUGUGCAUGUGAAUAUGGUGAGACCUUUCGUCUGUGCCACUGACGAGCACCAAAAACGUGACUGCAGUCUAACGCUAUUAAACUUUUUUUGGGCACCUGGUUGCCAAGUAUAACCCACAGGAGGUUACUAGCGCGAUCAAGCCCAAAGGUAUCCUCUUCAUACUCACACCGCUAAAGUUUACAAGCGCGUUUGGUUCAAGGAAACGAAUAUAGUAGGCGGAAAGAACGGAAUAGUGUUUCCCAUUCCCCUCCAUUCUGUCUCACUCUUUUGACUUUUUCCUUCCUUCUCCCGCACCAAGCACCAACCGUCACAAUGAUCAUCCCUGUUCUUCUCCUCCUCCUUCCCCAAAUAUUCUCUCUCCCAACCUCGCGCCAUGACAAUACCAAUACCGCUUGCAACCUUCUUACCAGUGACCAUACAGCUUACGAUUGUCUUCCCGACUUGUCCCUCGAGUCAGCUAUCACCACUUCCCAAGAAGCGCAUGGCAUAAGUAGGGAAGGGUUAUUGACCUGCCCAGAUGCAAAGAACACGAUCAUGUAUUACGAGGUGACAGACUGGCGUUUGGUCAAGGUGUGUGAGUGUUGGGGUAAACACCAGUUUUACAAUGAAGCUACAAGACAAUGCCACUGCCCUCCAUCUUUUACCCCGUCUUACGAUAACCGCGGCAUCCUCUCUUGCCAUCCUCGUCCGAGCCAGCUCACGGCCGAUCAAGCGCAACGACAACAGACGUUGAAGUUCAUCUCUAGGAAGAAGAAGGGAUCGAUGCGCGAGUCGUCGGGGGCGAAUGAUCAAGCACCCAUGAAAGGGAUUGAAGCGGAAAGAAAAGGGAGCGAAGGACUGCUCUGUGGAUGGGGGCAGAGGGCGUGUAAAGUUGGAGGAGAGUGGGCCUGUCUCGAUGUUACUUUUGGCUUGACGACUUGUGGUGGAUGCCCGGGAGAAUCGGAAACAGUCGAUUGCACAGCCAUACCAGGCGUUUCAUCAGUACAAUGCGUGCUUGGACAAUGUCACAUUGAUUCUUGUCAAUCUGGCUUUGUACUCGAUGGCAAGGAUUCCGGAUCGCCCAGUUGCCUAUUCAACCCUCGACAGCGGUUCGGUGCUCGCAAACAACAAUGAGAACAGACACGGGUUUAAUUUGAUUUUUAUUCUAGUAUGCUCAUCAGUAUCAUGCGCACCGGGUUAACAGGACAUUUACAGGACAUUUAGAUGGGUUACCAGGGUUUAUUGUAUCACCAGCGGACAAAAAAUACUUUAAAGAAUGUAGUUACUAUUAUCAACACGUAAAAGUACAUUUUAAUAAUCACGUACAACCAAUGUAUCUUUUC